AUGAUGAGCGACAGCGACGGCGUCAUGCGGCGAACUGAUCAAAGUGUGCCGCCGACGAAUGAUGGAUUCACUGUCGCUGAUCUCACCAAGCGAUACUCACCGGCUCGUAUACGACGUUUCUUCACAAUGAAAAAGAAGAAGAAGAAGGAAAGCAAUGGCAGUGGUGAUUCAACGUUGAUUUCGGUCGUUCUUGUCGACACCGACUAUCGUUCUAACUCUGAGGAAGGCGCUUCGUCACAGCUCGCUCAGCCGGGCUGGUAUAGUCGACUUCUACGAGCGUUAGGUUUCGAGUUUCCACCAUCCUUAAUCGUUGUUGAUACGGCUUCACGGACUGUGGUGACAACAGAAGGACGUCGACUGUGGCCACCAGCUGCGCUGGAAGUACUAAGGGGAAACAUUUUACGCCGAGUUAAUGGUGUCGUAGAGACGUCAGACUUCUCAACUAUUAAAACUACAGUCCGUGGACUUCUGUUCGGAGCACAGUGGUGUCCCCCAUGCCGUCAGUGGGUGAAACAACUAGCACCUGUCUAUGAGCAAAUGAAAGCGAACGGUAUUUCAUUGGAAAUUGUCUUUUGUUCAUCGGAUAGGACACAAGAAGCUUUUGAUCAAUUCACUGCACAGAUGCCCUGGCCUGCUUUCGCUUACGACCCAUCUAAAACCAUCGCAUUAACAAGGGUGUACAACAUCAGUGGUGAGCUUUGA